CUGUAAAAUAAAAAAUAAAAAAAAAUGAAAGACUAUAAAUACGGAAGUAUAGCUUUGUGCGGCAGAGAAAAGAAAUUGGAAAAAACGAAUCGCACACGAUCUGCAAACAAGAGAGAACUGCCAGGAAGCACGAUCUCAACACAGACGCAGAUUCAGACGACGUGGGAGUACAUAUGGCUCCAUCAAUACUUAUCCCUAACUCAAUUUACGAUUCAUACAGAAAGAGGAGCAGAGCAAAAUCAAACAGGAGGAGAAAAUUAUUAUCAAGUCGGCUGACAAUUUUGCAGAUUCACUUGAGCCACGACGAUACUGGCAUUGAUGCAAGAAGUGGCGCACUUCUUCAGAACAAAGAUGCAGAAUAUGAAGUUGCUGAUUCUUUGAUUUUGUAUCAUCCACAUGUCUAUAAGAGUACAAUAAACUAUACUAAUUGUUUCCCUAUGCGAAAUUGGGAAUUUGGAGCAUGCAGGAAUGAUUUUCAAUGGAACUUCUAUUCUUUUUCUACGAUAAUGGACACAAGACUUACAUUCAGGGUAUGAAAAUCUUUAUUCGGUAAUCGGUACCAACUUUCAAAGAUCAACAUUCAGGGUGAAACUAAUUGUUGAUUAGAUGUCCAGGUACAAAAGGGGGAUAAAUAGGAGAUUUUCUUCGCUCUGUUCAACAACAACUAGCACCCGAGUUUCGAGAAGUUCGAACUACCUCAGUGGAGAAGAUGUAAAUGUAACUGUAAACAUAGCUAUGGACAUUGAGAUAGGUCUUCAGGAGACUAAAGACAAUCACUUGGAAUAGUUCUGACAAAUCAGAAUGAAUUGAUAUUGACAUAGAUUUUUCUUUUUUUUGUUGGUAUUAAAUUCCCCUGUGGUGUGAUUGUUCA